AUACCUAAACAUCGUAUCUAUAUAUAUAUAUAUAUAUGUAUGUAUCGUCUUCUCCGCUUGUUCCAGAAAUCAUACACUAUACCUGACUAGCAAUCUUUAUCAACCUUCUCUGCGUUUGUGAGUGGAAAGAUGGGAUCAAUCGCUCAGCGUUCGGCUCUCAUACUCUGCGGCGACUACAUGGAAGAUUUCGAGGUCGCCGUGCCAUUUUAUGCCCUUCAAGCUUUUGGAGUCCGCGUCGAUUGCGUCUCCCCCAACAAGAAGUCCGGCGAUAAAUGCAUCACUGCCGUUCAUGAAUUCCUAGGCUUCGAGUUAUACACAGAAUUGCCGGGACAUAAGUUCGAGUUAAACGCCAAUUUCGAGGAAGUAAAACCAGAAUCCUACGACGCGCUGAUUAUACCAGGUGGACGUUUCACGGAACUGUUGAGCGUAGACGAGAAAUGUUUAACCGUGGUAACCAAAUUCGCAGAAACAGGGAGGACGAUUCUCUGUACUUGCCAUAGCCAGCUCAUGUUAGCCGCUGCUGGGGUUCUGAAAGGCAAGAAGUGCACUGGUUUUGGCAGCAUGAAACCCGUCAUCGAGCUUGCCGGCGGUACUUGGUGGGAACAGUCUGGAAUUUCAUCAGUUCUUGACAUCACUGCUUGUCUUGAAGACGGUAAUAUCUUAAGCUCCAUUGGUUGGCCUGCCCAUGGCGAAUGCCUUAAUCUUCUCUUUCACUCAAUCGGAGCCCAGAUCUCAUCACCCACGGAUACCACCAUUUCUGUACUUUUCCUUUGUGGGGAUUACGUAGAAGACUACGAGUUCAACGUUCCAUUCAGGGCAUUACAGGGUCUGGGUUGCAGGGUUGAUGCUGUGGCACCCAAGAAGAAAAGAGGAGAGACGUGUGUGAGCUCCAUUUAUGUUGAUGAAGGAGGGGAGAUACCCAUCGAGAAGAGAGGUCAUAAUGUGUAUCUAACGGCUGAUUGGGAUGAAAUCAAAGUGGAUGAUUAUGAUUGUGUGGUGGUUCCAGGGGGGAGAUCUCCUGAGUUGCUGAUCAUGAACUCGGAAGCGAUUUCCAUGGUGAAGAAAUUCGGGGAGAAGGAGAAGAUUAUUGCUGGUUUUGGCCAAGGACAAUGGCUUCUCGCUGCUGCUUCUCUUCUCCAGGGGAAGAGAUGUGCGAGCAGCCAUGGGAUGAAAGUUACAGUGGAGUUGGGUGGUGGGAAAGUUGCAGAGACGGAAGGAUGCGUGAGGGACGGGAAGCUGUUGACCGCUGCUGGUUACCGUCAACUUCCUGCCUUCGUUUUCCAUCUCGCCAACCUUCUUGCUUUUUCCGUUGUCUUUUGAGUUCUCAUUUUUUAUAUUAUAUAUAUAUAUAUAUAUACACGUAUCUACAUACAUAAUAUAUAUAUAUAUAUAUAUAUACAGAUAAUAAUUUACUUUUAUCUAUUUGGGCUGAAUUGUAUUAUUAAUAAUGAGCAUGCAUCACUUAGUUAUUACAAUAAUUUUUCUUGUUAA